UAUAUUUUAUAUGAUGUUUUUCAUGAUGUUUUGUUUAAAAAUAAAUAGCUGACAACAGACUAAACUUCUCAGCUACUGAUUUGUAAUAUAUACCCAGUGCAUACUGUAAAUUAAAUUCAGUUUAAAUUCGGAUUUUGCUCAGUGUCCUGUUGUACUUUUGCACAUUUCCUGACUGCCCGCCGUUGCUCUCAAUAUUGUGCUCACUAAAUAUUUCCGCAACACAUGUCGCAUAUCUGGGGGCCCCACUGCCCCGCCCCUCUUGCUGCACGCCCCUCGACUGCUCCUUCUAACGCAGCAGUGGAAAGCAGUGGAAAAAGCGCCAUUUGGUUUCGUUUAGCAGGCGGCUUGAAUAUUUUUUGUAUUUCGCUUUUUGCUCGGCGGCGGCUUAGAUCAAAUAAUGCGAUUUCAUGGCAAGUCGCAAAUUGUCAAGCGGUCGUCGCAUCCGCCGCCACGCCCCCCGCCCACUAGCGCAUUCAGUUGCAUUUCGACCUUUCUGCUCCAGUUUGAUUAUGAAACGAAAGAAGUGGGGGAAAAAAAAUUAAUUUGUACGCGCUGAUUUUUUUCCUAUACAGCGCAAAUAUUUUUAAUUAAUUCAUAAUAUUUUUUGUAGCUUUUUUUGCAGCGACUUGUUUAUCAACAAGUUGGCGCGCUUUGAAGUUUGCCGGUCCAGAAAAUAAACAACAAAAAAUGCUUGAACGCAAGGGGGGAAACGGGGGAAAUUGUUAGAUGGUCGGCCAUUAAAUUUCCUAGACGCGAAUCAAUUUUCCAGUCGCUGCAGUUCAGCGAACUGCCUUCGAAGUGGCGAGCGUUUCUGUAUUUCAUUCUAUUUUUUAUGGAGUAUCGUAUAAUUUUCAUUUUGAUGCCUUUUAUGACACUUCCAAAAAGAGUAAAAAACGGGCGCUGCUUUGACGUUUUCAGUUUUGAGUUUUGAGUUUUGAGUUUUUCAGGUUCGAUUCCAUCUCCCCACUUGGCAUAAAACAUCCGAAAUGGCCUAGGUAUUUAUGAUUCCGUUUAUGCAUUUCUCCGUUUUAUUGUUUAAUUUUGAUACUUCGAUUUGUCUGCCUGGCCGGCGGCGUUUGAAAAAAAAAAGUUAAUUGAGCUGUAAAAAUUAUAAAGAUGUAAAAACCCCCAAAAAUAAUUUGGCGGCCGAGAUGCGAGAUAUGGGAUAGUUGGGUCCUACCAUAACUUCCAGUUGAAACCAGCUGGUAAACAAAAGCGUAACCAAACUACACUUCUUCGACGUUUUACGAUCGUGGAAUGAAUAGCUCUCCGUUGCCCGAUUAUCUCAUUUCUCUUUUUUUUUUUGAGGGUGUUUUCUGUUUUCUGUUUUCUUUGCAUUUUUACGAUUUUGGCUUGGAUCGAAUCGAAUCGUGUGGAGCAUAAAGUAUAAUCUAGUGCAAAGUGGUUAUGAAAAGAUCUUACCAGUUCACCUGAUCUCGGCUUCUAUGUGGACUUAUCAGGCGUUGGAUCGAUGAAAUGGUACAGCAUUUACAUCUCACCAGGGCGCCCACGGACCGCAAAAAGGAGCACAUCAAGCGCCCAAUGAACGCCUUCAUGGUUUGGGCCCAGGCAGCCCGCAGGGUCAUGUCCAAACAGUAUCCGCAUCUGCAGAACUCGGAGCUAAGCAAAUCGCUGGGCAAGCUGUGGAAAAACCUAAAGGACAGCGACAAGAAGCCCUUCAUGGAGUUCGCCGAGAAGCUGCGGAUGACCCACAAGCAGGAGCAUCCGGACUACAAGUACCAGCCGCGGCGCAAGAAGGCGCGCUUAAUGCCCAGCCAGCAGAGCGGGGAGGGGGAGUCUCCGGGUGCAGAGAUGGCCAUGUCCGCCAGCACGGGCAGCUCCGGCAAGCCGAGGAGCAGCAAUGCCAAUGGCCAGAGGCGAGCUGGAAAAUCAAAUGCAGCUGCUCUGGGCGACUGCGCCUCCUCCAUCGCCCAUGCCAAUGUGGGCUCCAGCUCCGCGGAUGUGUUCAGUAAUGAGGCCUUUAUGAAAUCCCUGAACAGUGCCUGUGCGGCCAGCUUGAUGGAGCAGGGCCUCAUCGAAACGGGCCUGGACUCGCCCUGCUCCACGGCCAGUUCACUGUCCUCGCUGACGCCCCCAGCCACGCCCUACAAUGCCGCCCCCUCGAGUGCAAAGGCAGCGGCAGCAAAUAACCCCAGUCUCUUGCUAAGGCAACUAAGUGAGCCGGUGGGCAGUGCUGGCCAUGAUUACGGAGUUCUGCUCGAGGCUGGCAGGGAGUAUGUGGCUCUAGGUGAGGUCAACUAUCAGGGGCAAGCGGCGGGCGUUGGAGUGCAGGGUGGAGCAGGAGCAGGAGGAGGUGGAGGAGGAGAUGGAGGAGCAGGUCAGGAAAUGGACUUCCUGGAGAACAUCAAUGGGUAUGGUGGCUACGAGGGCAGUCGGGUGAGCUACCCCGCCUACGCCUACGCCACCAAUGGAGGCCACUUCGGCGGCGAGGAGCAGCCACAGCCAGUGGCGUCACAGGCCAGUGAAGCCUUAAAUUACAAGCCAGCUGCCGCCGACAUCGAUCCCAAGGAAAUUGACCAGUAUCUCAUGGAUCAAAUGUUGCCCAUGACGCAGCACCAUCAUUCGCAUCACCCACACCACACGCACCCGCUGCACCACCCACUGCACCACCCGCUGCACCACUCGCCGCCUUUGAACUCCUCCGCCUCGCUGUCCUCGGCCUGCUCCAGUGCCAGUUCGCAGCAGCCGGUGGCGGACUACUACGAGCACUUGGGCUACUCCCCGGCGGCCGCCUCCUCCGGCAGCCAGGUCCCCAACUUCGGCGCCCAGCAGCCGUAUGCCAACGGCUCCGGCUCCCUGACCCCCACCCUGGGUGACCCCGCACCGCAACAGGAGCUGCAGUCCCAGCAGCAGGAGCAGCAGCAUCAGAAUCCAUCGCAGCAUCAUCUGUGGGGCACUUACACUUAUGUCAAUCCCUAAGCUACUUCAUUUGCACAUUUGUUGUGUUGCACAGAGAGAAAGAAAGUUGGAAAGAUAUUCCUAAAAUGCAAUUCCAAUUGCAGAGGUUUCUAAUCACGUCUUUCAAAUGUCAUUCCUAAAUGUGGCACUUUAGUCUUAACUAAUUUGGGAAAAGCUCAUUCCUUUUGUCUAAAUUGGUGCACCAAACUUCCGAAUAUUAUUUAAAUAUUUAUUUCCCACGUUGUUGUAAAUUAAGUUGAAGUAAAAAAAAGUUAGCAAGUUGCACCCGGUUUCUCUCCGUGCACCUGCCCCCUGCACUUCCGUUUCCGCCCCGCUUUAUGGGUCACUUAGAUGGCUUUCGUUUAUUGGUUUAUUGUCUGUGCCCUGUCCGUGUGAGCGUGAGACUUGUGUGCAUGUGUGUGUGUUGCUGGCUCGAGGGUCCUUUUUGGAGAUUCCCUGCAAUUUAAGCUAAUCGCUGCGAUUUUCGUUUAUGGCUGCAUUAUUCCUUUUCCCAUCAAUACGCAAUGCCACUUGCAAGAAUCGAAGAAAAAGAGCCAUGGCCAAACAAUCUAAAUGGAAAUGCAGCAGGGAGUGGCAAGAAUGACGAGUUCAUAGCUAAUUGGAGCAAUAUAAACUAGUAGUUGUAAUUUCUAUUUGUAAGAGCGUAAUGUUUAGAAUUGGCAAGUUAGUAUACGAAAAUGUACGAGCAAUCUUAAGAAAAUAUAUAAACACAUUACUU